AGGAUUAAUCUGUGGAGGUUGAUGUCUGUGAUCUUUGGAAUAAAAUGUCUUUUGUUGAUGGUUACUUUGGGAGUUUUGAUGAAAAAGUCAUUUACUAUACAGAGUAUUCAACCAACACCUUCUCCAACUACCGUUGAAAAAGUUUCUGAAUGCUGUACUUGCCUAGAAAAGUGGGUUGGAUAUCAAUGUAACUGUUACUUCAUUUCCAAAGAAGAAAAGUCUUGGGAAGAGAGCAGAGAUUUCUGCGCUGCUAAGAAUUCCAGUCUUCUUCAUCUCAAAACCAGAAAUGAAAUGAAUUUUAUGAGCUCCAGUCAAACCUAUUUCUGGAUUGGAAUGCAUUAUCAUGAAGAACGGGAUGCCUGGCUAUGGGAGGAUGACUCAAGCCCUUCAAAAGAUCUAUUUCCAGAGUUCUCAUAUAACAAGACAAAGAACUGCAUUGUAUAUAUCCCAAGCAAAACUAUUUCCAUCGAACCCUGUAAAAAUAAAAACCAUUUCAUCUGUAAGCAACUGCUACUUAAAUAGUUCUUAAGGCAAUGGGUAUAGACAAGAGAGGUCCAGGAUUAGUUCAAUAUUACUUAACUCUCACAAUAUUACUACCUUUUCAUCCUGAGUUGGUAGAAUGUUUCUGCAUGCUAUCAUUUUCAUACAUUUGAACCCAAAUAUUUUAUGCUUGUUGGAUUUUUCACACCUGUGCAUAAAAUUAGGAUGAA